AUGAAAUUAUAUACAUUCAUUAUGAAGAAAUUACUCCAUCCAGAGCCAUCCAUAUUUCAAUCGUCGAUGACGUCGUUCUGCAUCCUCCACCAAUCCCGAACCAUCCUUGUUUCAAUCGUCGCAUUUCCCCCAGAAUCCAUUGAUCGUCGUCGUCGUUUUGCAGCAUCCGCCAAUCCGAGCCAUCCAAUUUUGAUCGCCGCCUUCUCAUCCAACUAUCCAUCCCGAGCCAUCCAAAUUUCAGUCGCCGUUGUCGUCGUUCUUCUCUUCGCCAAUCCCGAGCCAUCCAUCUUACAAUCGUCGAAUUUUCCUGUCCAAUCCUCCCGAACCAUCCGAAUUUCAAUUGUCGUUGUCGUUGUUCUUCUGCUCUUCACCAAUCCCGAACCAUCCAAUUAUUGA